AUGCUCACCAUUCUGGGAAACCUAAUUCUGCAAGCGCGCAGGCGUUCUUACACGCCACAUUCUGGUGUUAAAUUGACACCAGAUAGAUCCCUCCUCCUCAUUCUCAUUCUCUCCCCGACCAUUCGCAGGUUUACUUGCGGUGAAUCUCGUCUCCUCCCUAUCCCUGUUCGAGACCUCGUUGGAUCCUCGUCCUUCCCUUCCUCUUGUUGCAUCAACACUCCCCGGUCCAAUCACAACGCACCGAAAGACCAAUUCUGUUUGCAGGCACCGCAGCGGUUUUGGACUGUUUUCUUUCUGUUAGUGUUUGGACUCCAAUUCACGGUCCUCUAUGCCCACGCCAGUCCCCUAGUGCUGGGUGGCUCCCAAAACACCAGCCUGCGAAACGUCUCGCUGCCGAUACUGGCAAUCAGGCACCCGACACUUGAGCUGUCCUUGGAUCCACCGGGGGCCCAAGGUGACAGAGGCGGACGAGUUGGCCGCAGCACUCUUCGCAUCAUCAGCUCGACUAAUGGCACGGUUCUGCGUCUGUAUACUGAAAGGACCGAUUUCACCAGGGCUUACCUCACGUUUUCUGAAGACGGACAAGUUCAGCUUACCCCAAACAGGACAGCCAAGGAAAGUAAGUGGUGUCAUUAUCUUUUUUUUUGGGGGGGGGGAGAGACAAACCAUUGCUGGACAGUAAGCCCUUUUUAUCGCAAGUUCUAG